AUGGAGAAAAUGAACUUUGAUGACGCGGUCAAAACUUGUACCGAUAUGAGCGGCCGCUUGGCGGUUCCUACGUCAUUUACAGAUAAUCAGUUCAUCUUUGAGAUGGUUAAUAAAGUCGUAGGCCUAAACGGUAAGGUGUGGGUUGGCUGCACUGAUAGGGAGGAAGAAGGCACGUGGGUGCAGUUUGGAGAGGGAGGCGAAGAAUGUAGUUUCUUCAACUGGUAUCCAGGAGAGCCCAAUAGCUACCCGGAUGAAGUUUGUGCGCAGAUGAUUCUUUUUCUCAAUGGCAGUUGGUAUGACGGACAUUGUGACAGGAUGUGCUAUGUAGUCUGUCAGCGCCCUGCCGUCGCACCAACCAACCCUCAACUGUACUGCCUGCAAGCAGACACCAACGGCCGCUUCGCAUGA